AUGGCAUUCUUGAUAUUGUAUUGCAAUGCACGAGUAAAGCAAGAGUCCAUUCAAUCUACUAAGAAACCUAGUUGUAUUCCUAUUGGUGAUCUUUGCAAUGAUGUUGUUGAUUGUUGUGGUAAUGAUGAUCCUGAUGUUGGCCAUUGUGUUUAUUGUCGUACUAGUUGGCCUUUUGGUCGUCAUCAGCGUUGUGAUUGUAGUUCUAGCGGUGCUGUUACUACUACUGAUGAUGGUAUUGUUAAUAGUGAUCGUUGUGCUGGUCGUGAUCGUCGUCUUAAUCGUUGUCGGGUUAGUGUUGCUCGUCCUGGUACAUUUUGGGCUCGUGGCAAUAAUGUUCAUCCCAAAAAAACCAAGAAUGCUGGACAAAAUGUCCUACUGACAUAUUAUGAUUCAACAUUUAAUGGUGCUUAUUUCGGUAUGAAACGAACAUUUUACAAGAUUCGUGAUAGGUACUACUGGCCCAAUCAAUUUCUCGAUAUCAAAAAUCAUAUGCUUUCGUGUCUUAAUUGUAAGAAGAACAACCAUCUUCGUCGAAAACCAGAUGGAUUUUUACAACCAAUCACACCCCCACAGGGCAUUAUGGAAAAAGUAGCAAUGGAUUUUGAAGGUAAACUACCUACUUCAGCACGUGGUAAUUAA